AUGGGAGCGUUCAGAGUGCUGCUGGGGAGUUUACAUUACAUGGGACUCUACAUGCAACUUAGUCUCUCCACAACGCAAACUGGACACGGCGAGGUGGAGAACCACAUCUCUGGGAACGCCAUGUUCACAGAGGUGCCUCAUGAUAUGAGUGCUCAAAGAGGUCAGGACGUGGAGAUGGCCUGCUCCUUCAGAGGGGCGGGAACGCCCUCGUAUUCACUGGAGAUCCAGUGGUGGUACAUCAGGAACCACCUGGACUGGACAGACAGACAACCCUGGACAACCAAUGAAGUGGCUCCUGAGGAGAAGAUGCCAAAGGAUGCUACAAAGAUAAGUGUUGUGAAGGUUGUAGGAAGCAACAUCUCCCAUAAACUCCGCCUCUCCCGGGUCAAGCCGUCUGAUGAGGGCACAUACGAGUGCCGUGUCAUCGACUUCAGCGAUGUCGCAGGUGCCCGCCACCACCGCGUCAGAGCCUACCUGCAGGUGGUGCCAGAGAGCGACAUCAUCAACAGUAACCACAACGACAAUUUCGAGGCCCUGGACGAUACCAAAGGAGGAGUGGCGUUUGUCGACGGGGACAGCAUGGAGUCUCACGGUGGCGCCAAAGUGCACGCUCAUGGCCAUCACCAGAAUCACGGGCACCCCCAGGAGCACGGCAAGCGGCCUUCAUCGCCGGCCCACCACGGCCACAGCCACAGCGGCAUCAGUCAGCAGCACAAGGCAGGCAGAGACCUGAAGAAGAGGGACGUAGACAGUAACCAUAGCGACAAUGACUGCACCAAUGAGCCAAGCUGUGCACUGUAGAUGUUGGCUUAUUACACCUGAGUGAUAGAUUACACAAGGAUUGCAUAACAUGUGUGUUACAGCAUAAAAAGCUAUUCUUCCCACACAGUGCAAGCGUGUGCACAAAUCCAGAAUCCCUAGAAAUGUACAGUAUGGCUUGUUCAGUGCACAGUGCUGUAAACUGUGCUGGGGAAUGUAGCUUUUUCUUGCUGUGCAUGGGUCUGGGUUGGACUGCUCACUGUCUGUAAAGCCUGGCUUCAUGACUUUCUGCAAGGGGAGCUGAUGUGUAGAUCUAAGCAGCUCCACUGUUUCUGGUCACAGCACCAACAAAAAAAGAAAGAUUUGUCUUACUAUUAACCCAUGCUCUGUUCCACACUUGUACUUUAGAUACUGUAAAUGACACAACCCUGCUUUCAGGCUCAUACUUCUUCCACUGCCUUACUCUCUCAUUUGAUACACCCUCAGAAAAAAAGUAUAAUGUUAUACCUUUUGUAACUGGGUCUGUGCCCAGUAAAAGAAAAUGUUCCUUUUAUUCUGAGUGUGCGCUGAAUGAAACUAAACCGUCUGUAAUUCUUACCUGGAAAUCUUGUCGAGUCUGAUUCCUUAGCUUUUUAUGUAUAGCACUAGCUUCAUUGCAUCUUUUUGUGUGUUCAAAUAAUGGACAUGAAUAUGGUGCAAAAUUUGUAAAAUGCAAUUUAUUCUGUUUACUCGCAGGGGGAAAGAAACAUGCUUUUUUCAGCAGAAACUCAUCAAGGUCCCAGAGCAGCAGUGCUCAUCAAGGACAGAUACAGCCUCAAUUUAGUUGAGUUGGAGUUAAUACAGUGGCAGUGUGGGAUUUCUUCCACAUUUGUGUGCUUUUCAAACACAGCACAUCACAUGCUUUAUUUUCCCCACAGCACAUUUGAGCUUAUAAAUUUGCAGCUCAACAGAAAACAUGAUUUUUGUUCACCUCUUGUGCUGCAGGUUUAAUCCAUCCAUGGCUAUUUAGGCUGAGAGAAAUCAAUCGUGUUGAUCAAUCCUGUUGUUCCAUGUGGACUCCAUCUGUUUGGAAAGCCAUAAAUAGAUCAAAGUCUGUGCCACUAAAUAAAAAAAAAAAUCUGACUUUUUGUGCCUCUGAAUCCACUAAAAAUCAAUGGAAGAAAUGUGAACUGGCUGCAAGAUAAUUUUUGGAAAGAGCAGUGCUGUAUUCAUAUCCCAGCUUAGUUCCCUUAUUCCGAUGCUCUGGCCCAAUGCUCAUCAAUCAUUGAAAAAGCCUCAAUCCUCUCCACUACAAGCCUCUAAUCCACUCUGUGUAUAUGACUGUAUAAUAUGAAAUAAAGUGAGUGCAUGUUCAGUAAUUUUCUUAAAACUUUUUCAACCAACCAUACACAAAGACAGUGUGUUAAUAUUUUUGUCAUUUAUUUGUUUGGUUCAUUUAAUAAAAGAAAUUCCAUUCUGUUCUGAAUCUUUUUACUUUAGAAGUCCUAUCAAAUAGAUCUUUGUUUUCCAAAGCAGUUUUCUGUUGCUUUACUGCUCUCCAGAAGUGCUGUACAGACAGAUGAAUGACAUAUUCUCUUCAUAGCUGCUCAGAAAAGGUGUUUUCCUUAUGUAUCUUAGUACUUAAGCAGUGUUUGUUAAACUACUGUACUGUAUGUGCAGGGCCGCAAACAUGAGUGUUGCCGUGUUUUAAUGAGCUUGAACGUGGGGAUUCAUUUUGUGCCGUUUGGGACUUGCUCUGAAAGGAUUUAAGAGGCCAUUUUACUUCUGCCAAUUUUGUAACUUGUUGAUAAUCUCUUUGCUUAGAGGCUUGUGUGAAGUGCACAAUACUUCACUCUGAAGGGAUCAAAUGGGACAAAGUGAAUGUGCGUAACAUACUGGAUAAAAAGCCUUGAGCAGUGAGGGCGAGAAGAGGGAAAUGUUAGUGAAACACGGAAAUUGGCUGCCCAUACCGCCUCAAAAUAUAGUCUGUCUCAAGGCCAUGCUGUAUUAUCCAUCAGAGGAACUACAGCGCUCCUGUUAUUGUUGGCAGUCCCUGCAGACUGGGAGGGUGCUUUAUUGGAUGGAGGAGUUUUUUUUUUUUCCACGAGUAACUUUGAUUUGAUGUUUUGUAAAGAAGAGAUCACGGUUAAAAAAAGAGGGAAAAUGUACAUUUCUUCUAGAAUGUUUGGUCUCACACUAAGUGUAUGGCUUUAUCAAAUGAAAUAAAUUGUAUAUGAAACAGUGAA